AACCCGUUUUGUAAAUGAUGAUACCUACAGCUUUUUGUACCAUCUAGGAGGCCGUAGUAGGUUCUGUGUUGCGAGUGUUGACAAGAAUGUAAGCAGUCUCUCUCCACAGUGGAAAUAUAUUUUAUAUAACGUCGACUGGAGGUCUGACGAAUCAUGGGCAACACCAGCGACCGGGUGUCAGGCGACCGGCAUGGGGCGAAGUCCCACCGCUCUGACAGCGGGGGGAGCCACAAAGAGCAGGAGCCCAGCAAAAUCAUGGUGGACAGCACCGAUGACCCCAACGUCUUCAACACACGCACUAUGGAGUCAAAGCCCUCAGGAGAAAAAGACUUCAUGCCCUACAGCCCUGACACGGACGACCCAGUCAAGCCCGGGUCGCAGGCCCGGCCAACCGUGAUCCGCUGGGCAGGUGGCGGGAAAGAGGUCUACAUCGCCGGGUCCUUCAACAGCUGGAGCACCAAGAUCCCUCUCAAUAAAAGCCACAAUGACUUUGUAGCGAUCCUGGACUUACCAGAAGGCGAGCACCAGUACAAGUUCUUUGUGGAUGGACAGUGGGUUCAUGACCCCUCUGAGCCUGUGGUGACCAGCCAGUUGGGCACCAUCAACAACCUCAUCCAGGUGAAGAAGUCUGACUUCGAGGUAUUCGACGCCCUGCAGGUGGAUUCUCUGGAAUGUUCCGACACAUCAGACCUCUCCAGUUCCCCCCCUGGCCCAUAUGGGCAGGAACUAUACGCUUUUCGGUCUGAGGAGCGCUUCAAAGCCCCGCCCAUCCUCCCGCCACACCUCCUCCAGGUCAUCCUGAACAAGGACACCAACAUCUCUUGUGACCCUGCCUUGCUGCCUGAGCCAAACCAUGUGAUGCUGAAUCACCUGUAUGCACUUUCAAUAAAGGAUGGCGUAAUGGUGCUGAGCGCUACUCACCGAUACAAGAAGAAGUAUGUCACCUCUUUACUAUACAAGCCAAUCUAGCCUACCGUAGUGAGGCCGGGUCAGCAUGUUUGUAUCGUUUAUUAUCACUUUUUGGCUGCGAUUGCACUAAACGAGUUUACAGAAGGGUCAGAGGCCUGCAACUGAGUCCCUCCGUUGGUGAUAUUCAGAUGUUUUAUCCAUGACGCAUCGGAGACCCGCGCACACAGUGAAGAGGGAGGUACCGCAAACCGCCAUGGAUCCACGUGUACAGUUUACGCUAUUAUCCGCUAAUGGUCGCCGGCUACUGUCAGCUAGCUACGCUUUCUGACAUUGUUCUUUUUUAUACCACUCCUGAGAAUGCAUAGCUAGCUUGCCAUCUAUUCAUAGUAUGAAUUAGCUUGGUAUGCGCUAAUUAUUGGUGGAGAUUACUUGCGGAAUUAUUUCAAGUAAAUGGACAGUGGUUAGCCGUUAGGUACACUGAAAGUUUGGUCCGUAUGUGUUGAUUUGGAAUGUAAUGGGAUCCAGUGGAUUUACUGAAUCCAUUGUGUGCUGUUCAGGGCUUGCCAGAUAUGUGCUGGUGAUCAGGGUUAUGUUGGACUAUGCUGUAAUGUUAUAUUGUACUGUAAAAAGAACUCUGAACUUGUUGGAUUUUUAGAUGUUUAUUGCAGAUCCAUAUUUCACUUGAGAAAAACAAAAGGGAAAAAAUGGGAACGGUUACAUAUCUCAAGUGUUCUUUCUGAAAACAUCCGGUGAACCUUUGUGAGUCUCUGUGAUAAGGGCUAAAUGGUUCACAUGGGUAAUAAAAUUGGGAGAAGUCCAUUGUUGCAUCACUUUACUGAUAGAAAACCAUGAGGUGCUCCACCAAUGACAGAAUCCUUUGGUUGCAGGUAAUAUAACAACGGUGACAGUAAUUGGUGUACACAUUCUGGCUAUAAUCUCAGGCUCCCUGUGGGGAUAAUGAAAUAUUUUAUUUUUCAUUAUCCCUAGCCUCCUCUGGGUGUUAACAAAAAGCAGUAUUCACCAGUCACUAUUGGCUUUGCUUUUCUGGUUAUUAGCAAAGCUUCAUUCUGUUUUAUAUCAGUAAGGUGAUGAUGUCAGGACUUAUUCCUAUUUUAUUAUGUUUGAUAAUUAUCUGGAAGUAGCGGCGCUUGUCCAGCAUGGUUUCCUUCUCCUUGUACCGCACAGUCCACGGCGUAAAAUACUCAUCCUCACCCGCUAGCUAUGCCAUUCGUGUCGGUGUACUUUUUUAAAAACGGUACUCCCCACAAAACGAGCUCUCAUUUUGCAACUCUGCAGAUCGGGAUAUCACCCGCUUGUGCUUGGAGCCGAAGGCCUCUCUCUGUUCUGCUGUUGCCUUUUUUUCGUCACGACGCUGAGAAGCACUUUACGCGUGCGUUUUUUUAACCAACGCUUUUUUAACCAACGCUGUGAUUAGGAAUGUUGACAUGAAGCUUUAUCUACGCAGAGGACAAAUCCUAUACUGCUUGGCUUCUCACCAGAAAAAAAGGGAUUAAUCUCCAGUACCCAGAUGCUGUGUUUUUUUGUUUUGUUUUGUUUUUCUUUUGUAUUUAUAAUAGAGAUAUGUAUUUAUCUGUUACAUAUUGCGAUUUAUAUAUCGAUAAGUUGAUUUGCUCUGUGAUGAUGAAUUCUUGAAUGUUUUGCAUGGGUGUUAUAUUUAUGCCUUAACAAUGUACUAUCUCACAAGUGUGGUGUGAAUUUUAAAAGUGAAUGUUUGAAUAAAAGGGAAAAGGAUGGUCAGGUUUAACUAAAAAUGAUGCAAUGCAAUAAUGUGUGUAAUUAUAAGACAACACGUAUAUUCUUUGUUUAUAAUGCACUACUGAAAUACAAGUCAUUUAAUAGGAGGUUCUGUUUCAGAAGUUCUCCAGUGUAUACUCCUUUACUUUGGCAGUUCUAAAUGUUACACUCCAAUGAAAUACAUUCUAUAUUAAAUAAAUAGCCUGUUGUAACUGAAAACGUUCAAAUGAACAGUCAUUCAGGGGAAAAAGAUAAGCCAUUGUGGUAAUAUAAAAAUUGAAAGCAAUUCAUACAAAAACCUGAGACAUUUUGCCUGCAGUAGCUUCACUGAAGGAAAAAAAAUCCUUACUUCUUUAUGCUGUACAGCAUCUUAUCAGUUAAACUGUGUUGAAGAAUGUCUCACUGGUUUGCAAAUAAAAAGGGAUAAAGAUGGUAA